UUUUGGCUCAAGGGAACAUUACUGCAGACUAGGUAGUAGUGAAAACAUUCAAAAAAAGAAAAAUGGUCUCGGUUGCUCUUGGUUUCCAUCAUAAGCGAAAAUUCAUUAUCGGUAGUUGUUGCCCACACACCGCGUCUUCGUCCACCUACAAUUAGUUCAGCUUGUCGCAGUCGAGUCCUGCGCUGUCGUUAUGUUUACAUGUCUGUCGUGCAACUUGAACUUUUUCCUUGCGGCUCGGUUCCGACCACGUCUGAUCUUUUGUAAGAUAGGAAAGAGACGGACAUUGUUGGUCAGUCUCAUACGUUUAAGCACCGAUUAAGUUUAUGCCCGGAUUGCAUCUCCGACGCCCACGCCGAUACGUACGGCAGUUGCAGAAGAACUGCAAAGCAAUGUGCAAUCGUUCUUGGAUGUUGCUUUAUGACGACCCGCAGGAGUGACUUUAUUUUUUCCCUGCUGCUGAUAAGUAUUCUCUAAUCGCCUAUUCUUAAAUACGUGUUUCAAUAAAUUAAUUUCUUUUCUCACUCAUUCCUUGUACUUUUUACAAUCGUUUACUAUCAGGAUUUUUGGUUUUUCUGCGUCAGUAGAGCCGUGAACGUAAAGCAGUAGCCCUGCCGCAGCUCUCUCGACGAAAGAAACGUUAUAUCGAUGAGCGUGGUGUUGACGCGCCAUAUGGUAGAAGAAGAAAACCGAGAACGAAUCGAGAAUCGUAAAAGAAAAGAUCGUGUCUAAAAAAAAAGACCGGAAUAAAAUUAGAAUCAAACGCAAGCAUCAGUAUUUUUUUUGCAGGUCCCGCUGCACGACGAUUGCAGGCACGGCGCGCCGCACGGAGCGACCCGCAGCAUAAAGGGCUGGCUCGGGCCCGUUCACGCCGACAGGCCAGGCAGAAUUUGACCCGUUGCAAAUCUUCCACACGUCUCCUUUUGUUGCAGGGCUGGCACUCCUGAGAGGCUGGUACUCCUGAGACCUACCGGCAGCACAAUGAGAUCUGCUUUGCGCCCCCGCGUCGAUGAAGUGGUCUUUGCUCGCGCUCCCGCAAAGAGCAUCUUUAACAGGAAGGAAGAAAUUGCGGCCAAGAUUAAAAAAUCCAGUGCCGCGGCGGCAAAACGAAGGAAAAGCAUCUUUCGCCUUUACUUGAGGGCCACACUCGGUGCUGCUGCGAAGGCGCGUGCGCUGGCACAGCACAAGUGGAGCGAAUUUUGGACCAAGCUUAUCACCUACAAGAAGGGGGGAGGACCACCGCUGUUUCGCGAUUUUUAUGUGCCGCUGCUGACCACAAUCCUGGGCCACCUGGGCCCUCUGCUGUGGGCGAAGAUUAUCACUGGUAAGACCAAGAUGAGAGCGAUGACGAUUGGGAAAGGAAAAACAAGAAGCAAAAUCAAAAACACGAUGGCGUCAAAAGUGACCACGCACCAGCAAGUUACGAAUGAGCGCCAUCCCACGCCGGUUGUCGAUAACAACAAACCUCCGAGCAUGAGCCUACUGGCAACGUGCGUGACGCGAUUUUCUCUGUCGGGCUUAUCGUUCAAAGGGCACCAGCGGGUGUGGUGGGCAUCGUUCUGCGUUUUUGUCAUUGCGUCGCCGCUCGCCCUGGCUUUUUGGAACAAUCGGGGCGACCGUCCCAGCAUCACGGAGGACGAUGUAUGCAACAACAAAACUGACGCGUGCAGUAUUGUAGUAGGCCUUCCAGAAUUUGCAUUGGCAUUGGUUGUAUACGAUUCCGCUUCUGAUGUCACUGUCUCUAUGAACCAGUGCCACGGAAUAAAAUUUACCCAUUCUAAUAUGGUUUUUGCGUGUCUUGUGUUGUCCAUAAAAAGAAGACCCCUGUAAGAACGUAAAUGGACAUCAGCCCGGGGGUUUUCUGUACUAAAUUUUUCGAGACCGCACAGCAAACAAAGUUAGGUGUCUGGAGUUGUGCUUGUCUGCAAUGCAGAGAUCCAUGGGCGCAGUUUUCCAAUUCCAUACAGGGACCACGAAGCUCGGUCGGAAGGUGGUGCCGGAAGGAGCAGAAAACAAGCAGCACGUCGCGGAAAUUUACGUGGAAGCACACAACAGGAGCAGACGAAGGAAGAACUACGCUGUGCAAAAAACGUACGACCACGACGUAAUAUUCGUCAUCAUCCCGUAUGAGCUGCAAUCUUGCAUCAUGUUCAUGAUCAUGCCAGUCCUCGACCGUACUACAACUUCUAUGUGAUUUUUUUUUUCCGUUCAAGUCAUAGCACUAAGCAAGUUGAUAGGCACACGGCGACAUGCAUACGCUUUAAAGUUCGAGUUUGUAACUUGUAUCUCUCUUCAUAAUUUCAGAUGUUGUGACUUUUAUCUUCAUCAAAUACCGAUAUUUAUGUACGAUUAGUACAUUUUUGCACUGCAUAUUAGCUCAAUGGACCGGUGCCGCUGGAGGACGUGAGUCUGAGUCAGAGAAGUGCUGAAAACGCCAGGAGUGAGGCAAAAGCGGCGGCGCCGAUGGAAGACCCUCUUGACGACGACGAGGAGGAGCGCACGGAUGAGGAGGAGUCUGUUCGUUCCUCUCACCUCCAAGUGGGAGUGAAGCUGUCCGCGCAGCAGGGGGCUGUGGAACUGGAACCACAACAAGCCAGGUCGGGGAAAGACAUCGUCAGGGACCACUUCAAACAGGUCACGCGGGCGGAUGACGCUUGCGACGCGGACAAGUUUUCCCAGAAGUACGACGAGUUGCUCAGAAAGUGGAAGAAACACAAAGUAGAGGGAUGGCAAUACCUCCACCGUAGAGGGAUGGCAAUAGCGAGCGACUUCGACGAGAUGCAGACUCUGAUCGCAAAAAAGGCGUGCAGGGUGGCAGGCUGCAAAGUGUGCGGCGCCUCGAACUCGGCAGUGGAGUGGGAGUGCAUCAGCCCCGGGCCGGAAGACUACUGCGCGCCGGUCCUUCCUGCCAAACACGAACAACUCUUCGAGAAAAAGAAUUUUGAAGUUGGAAAUUUUAUAGCCGUGCGGCCGAAUGGUGCGGCAGGAGGGACGAUACCCGAGGUGGGAGAGCUCAGUAAUCGGAGGACUUGUUUUCUGUAUGCAGCAAGCGCUCCGGGUCCGGCAGGCGUAGACCCCACGAAAAUGCAAGAAUCGUACUCAGGAGGACCGGGAACCGCUUUUGAGCAUGUGCAGUUCAUGUGCCCGGACAAGAAGAUUGAGCGGCCGCACUGGGAAGUGACUCCCAGUGGCAGCACCAAGGAUACAAUGUCGUCACUUUUCGCAUUAUCCGUGAUCUGUGUCCCUGAAGAACCAAGCAAGCACCAGGAUUACCAGAGGCGAAUCGCACCCGCUCUGGAAAUGCCUGUCUUUGCAGAGGACAGUUCUGGGGAACGAAGUGUCGGAUCGGCGGUCCCACUGGAGCUUCUCGCGCCGGGUUGCAAAACUGCGCGCAACCGAGCGGAGCUGGCCUAUCCAAAUGCAAACCAGAAGCGGGAGCGGUUGUACGCGAUGUGCAUGCUUGCGCUUGAUGUGUCGACCGCGAACGGGCAGCAUCCGGUCCAGGCCGGAGAGAACGCGAACUAUGGGUACGGGUUCUUCCUGUCCACGCUCAUUGACAACGGCGGGUUGCAGCUCGCUUUUGUGAACCUGUUCCGGGAAUUCAUCGGCACAGACCUGAAUAACGGUCUAAAAUUCGCCUUCGUCAUGAACGCCGACGCCAAACUGAGCAUGUUGCGCCACCCGGAAGCCCCCGACUGUAAGGGGAAACAGAGUCAUGGUCCACACGCUUUUGCCGAUUGCGUGAUGACGCCAGCUUUCAGGACCCAUGUCGCCAACUCGCUUCGCCAGUUCACGGACUCGCUGCUACUCGGGGGCGCGGAACUUGAAAGCUUGGUCAAUCAGGCUGUGUAUUACGUUGACCUUGCCCGCCACGGUCUUCGUGUGCGGGUUCCGUUUGACCCAGCGCUGGGAUACAUCGCUCCAGAGUGGCAAACGAACACCGCGAUGUCGUUUUUCGGACCCAAUGCUAACCAAGUAUUGGGGCAGCACCGCAUGAAAAUGAUGUACUACAUCGGCGGCGGAAAUGUCUUCGACCUCAUGGCAGAGGCACACGACAGCGACCUGAUGCAAAACUAUUUCGCAUCGAUCCUCCAAGGUUGGCGAGAGAAGAGCAUACUUCUUGCUGGGCAAUCCGCAGGAAGUAUGGUGCAGAACCAAGACAACUCGUUUUUGGCAUUCGGACUGUUUAUCGGAAAGAAAAGUACACCCACAGGACCACUGGUUUCAAAGAUGUAUAAUAGCAACCCAUUGCAGUUCUUCGGAUUUCUUUGGACUCUCACUCAAAUGAUAGCGAAGAGUCCAAACCCUGUGUAGCAAUAUGCGCUUAUUGUAUUCCAGCGAAUGGUCCUGAAACUAAAUCCUACCCUGGAAGCAUCGACGUGAAGUGGGCUUUGGUAUUUCAAUUUCUUCACGAAGAAAGAAUGAAAAAAGUGAUAUCUUGUCUUCAAACUAUUAGGAGGUAGAGCCGCCUUCUUCAUGGAAGGAAAGGCAUAAGGCAUCAGAUAUCUACAAUUGCGACUGUGGUGUCUAUGGGUGAGCUUUUCUGUAGGAGGCUAUCUGGCGACCCCGCGCCGCACCACAUCUACAAAGAGUCGCCAUAUGCCUUCUCGAAGGACGGUAAUUUUGCUGGAAACUGUUUUGACCAAGAUCAGAAGGUGGAUUGGCCGCAGCUGAUAACGCCGACGCAAGAUGACGAAUGCGAGCCGGUUCGAGACACAGACGAGAAGAAGGGGGAGUGGGCAAAGGACCGUCCGCUUAUCCCUGCGCGAAGCGAGGGACAGGAUUUUUCCACAUGGUGGAAACCGAGCCGCAACACAGCUGUAAACAUCGGCUCCUACAAAGUAUCGGACUUGCAGACAGUGCCGCUCAGCGGCCCUGAAAGAGGACCUCCUACGGAAUCGCCCAAGUGCGGCACCCACGGCACGAAGUCCAAUGCAGAAAUGGCUCUCAAGGCCUGUGCGUCAUAUUCUUAUUCGUGUGCUGAUUUGCGCGGAAGAUUGUUCGUCGGAGGGGUCUCGAGCUUCGCCUAUGCCGCUUGUGAACAGGAUACAGGAUUACUCGAUCCGGAGGCAAAAGAAUUUUUGGGCCAGCCAAAAACCUCGUCCUGGACCUACAUGCACUAUAAGAGUGAUACGCGUGACACUCCGUACGGUUACAAUGCCGAGGUGCAACAGAAGGCCAACAGUGUUCGCAAGAAGCUUCGGGAAAUCACGCCAAUUGGGGACCGAGCUAUUGUCGUUUACCGGUUAAACGUUGAAACUGUCCCCGGAAACGAUCCUGCCGCUAUCCGGCGACACGUUGCGUCCAAGGUAGCUCGGGAACGAGGAUAGCAUUCAGAUUGCGCGGCCGCGCCACGACGGGGAAAAGUUAACGCUUCGCGUCUCCCGCUCCGCCGGCGUGGGCGCGCAGCAAGUCUUGGGGCGACAGAAAGUUUCAGUUAUGCAGAUGCAGAAGGGCUGCUUGUAUAUUUAUCCCACACGACACGAGGCUGGCAGUGGCUGGCGCAUUUGCUGCGCCGUUUUGUUUUUGUGUGUGCUUAGUCUAGUGCUGUUUUCUUGUUGGCGUACUCGAGCUUUCUGGCAGCUGAGGUAGCUGUCCUCCUGGUUAGAUCAUAAUUCUUCGUGGCGCAGGAGCAAGCCCCGGCUUCGCUGGGAGGACAUGAAAGCCUGUAUUUAAUUCUAAUUCUUACCGGCCGAGCCGACGUGUUUGUCUCCGUACUUGGAUCGGUCGCCCCCCCCUUGCCCGCCCUGUUGGAACGAGAAGUGUGUAUUGUGACUUGCAUAGAUAAACUGUGCCAGCAAACUUGCGAUCAGUCUUUGGGGGUGUCGCCAAGAUGAAGUGCGCACACCCAUUCUUUUUGAAUUGCCUGCCCGUGUCCGUGUGCGCCCGCCCGUCCCCGGUGCGCCGCGUGCAGCGAGUUUGACUUUGUUUGGCCAAACUGCUUGCACAACGUGGGACGGUGGGUGGAGCAACUGGCCGUCCACUUUUUAUCUAUCCAUGUAGAGAUCGCUAUUUUUUGGUUUUUGGCGGCACGGCUUUUGCGCCAUCACGCCACUGUUUAUGUUCUUGCCUCUUCCCCAGCAGCCCUCCCUCCAGGUGGAGUUCUACUUUUGUAGGCCUGCAAGUAGAUGACAAUUAUGCUCUGGCAGCAGGGCCCAAAGACACGACAGUGAGCCCCUUGACCGCGUUGCUUUCCCCGUGUUUUGUUUCGCGGCUUGCGUUUUCAUUUGUAUGCGCGCUGGAGGUCACGCUACACCUUGUUUCCGAACACGAGAAACCCGAGGACGACCAGUUCGUUGGCAAACCGAUGAAGCCCGCCAAGCAGGGCGAACAAACUCCUUCGCACAAGCGGAUUCACGGCAUUCUGGUGGAAGGCAAGGAGGCCGUCGAGCUCCACAGUGACGUUGUCCUCAGUGGACGAGUUGUGUUAGUUGCGUUUUAUUGCGCGCACACCCGGGAUUCGGAGAAAUACAAGAAAGGGGAAUGUGCGAACGCAGAACGGGCCAAGCGAGCACAAGACGAGCACUCGUCGACGGCAGAGUUGCGCGUGCGUGGCUCGAAGCUCCUGCGUGACCCAACGCAGAAAAAUGGCAACGAAGAUGUAAGUCCAGACCUGGUGCCCUUUUCGCGGCAAUCGGUCGCGCAGGUUUGGCGUGACAUUGGGGGAAGGGACGCCCUGCCCAGAGUUUCCCAAUUUGACACUGGAGGAGGCAGGGUAGAAGAAGUCAGGGGCGUGCCGAAUUAUCAAGUCUAUGGUACUAAGUGUGAGUUUUUCACAUCAUCAUGACGCCUGCUUUUGAGGAGCUGUGUAGUUCGUAUUGCCUGUAACUAUUUUCGUGCCGCCCCUCUGGCGGCCAGGGCGCUGGCCAUUUGCUGCUUGGAAGGAGCGGCGCUUGCAAUAUUCGCGGGCUUCUAUUCGGGUCGGACGGGCUACUUUUACUCGCGGCCUGACUUUAUUUUUCUGAUUGGGGUACGUUGGUUUCAGUUUCACUCUUUAGAAAUAUCUGUGUAGCAGGGUUGUGGCAUCACCAUGCAUUGUGACAGGCAACGAGGGCUGCUUUUGUUCCAUGCCGGGUCUCCCUGUCGGCACGCCCUUCUGCUUGUGCGAAGCCCAUUCGCAGGGGCCCCCUGCCAUUUGGGCCACGAACAUGAACCAGUGGUAUCGAGGGCUGACUACAGCAUAGACGAGGUCAAAAUUAGCAACCCUAUUUUUUACUGUGCAACCCCUAAAUAUUUUCCCAAAACAACAACUACGUGGAGCGAGUGUUGUAGUCUUGCUGGUUAUAACACGCAGCGCUUGACCGAGUACCUGUUGCUGUUGCUUCGUUCCGCGCCGCGCGCGGCCAGCAAUCGGGUGUGGCGCCAUGGCCCGGGGGCCUGCCUUUUGUCGAGAAGCAAUGAAGCAGGCAAAGUUAGCAAGGACUUGUUGCCUUGCGUUUUUGAUCUGGUCAUCGGUUUCGGUUCCGGCAUGUCAAUGAUUUUUGUUGAACCAAAAUGAUCCAGGCGGCGUCGAAGUGUAUGCACCUGGUGAUGAUGGGGCCGGUAUGUAUCAAGGCCUGCGGGGCCUUCAUUUCAACAUUCGGCCGCACCUCUGCAGCGCGGAAUCCCCAAAGCCAAUUUAUGAGUCCCUCAUGUAUGGCUCGUUUCUGCACCACAACACUGCGAUGGACAUGACCGCCAUCACUGAUGGCAUGGCCGUCGUGACGGCCCCGCCGCAUGCUGAUUCAGCGCAAUCCGAACCAGGCCGGUCUCGGGUGAUUCUCGGAGACACGGAACUUCUGCUCGUCGGCGAGAAAAUGAAAAAGCAAGCUGACGUGCUGGCAGCUGGCAGCAUGCAACCGGGGACGGAGUCACUCGAACACGAACGCGAACGGACACCAGGCAAGAAAGUCUUCGCCGACCACUCGCGCAGCAUCACAGCGCCUGACGACGCGUGCGACGCCGGCAAGUUCGCCGAAGUUUACGACCGACUGGCGGCAGAAUAUGGUCGCAAUCGCAUGGGCGGAGGCGCAGGGGGUGUUGCAGCGCCCGCGCAGGGUGUGGAGCCGGACUCAGAAAAAACGUUGAAAAUCGCGAAGAAGGCCUGCCGGGUCGCGGGGUGCAAGGUGUGUGGCGCCGAUGGGGGCGGUGUGAAAUGGCAAUGCGUCAGCCCAGGACCGGAGGACUACUGCGCGCCGGUGCUCACAACGGCGCAGAAAAAUUUCUUCGUCCGGCCACUCGCAACCCCUUCUGCAGGAGGGGGAACGCAGUCGCCACCCGUCCACCAGGCCACUUGUGAGAUGUUCGCGCGGGACAUCCAGAAGGAGAAGAGCCCGGAGGGCGUGCCGGGGCACACGUACCGCGGGGGUGACGGCACCGUUUUCGAGGCAAUGGAGUUCAUGUGCCCGGAGAAGCCUGCCCCGCCUUUGGAACCGGGGGGCGCGGCGCGCGUCGCUUCCGUGUUCGCCCUGUCUGUGGUGUGCAUCCCCAGGGGAGAUGGGAGUGUGCUGCACGUCCCGGAGCUGGGCCGGGUGCGAGAGCUUCUCUCCGGUCAACCUCCCGGGACGAUUCCCAGCCGCGUUGCCUCCACGCCACCGGACCCGUUGGAGGCGGGAUGCCUCCCGGCAGGAGAGCGCGCUAGCCGGGCGUAUCCCGGCGACGACAACGUGGUGCCGCGCGCGUACGCAAUGUGUAUGCUUGCACUCGAUGUCUCAACGGCCAACAUGGGGGCAGGCCGCAGCGCGUUCUCGCCCACCAUUACCUCGCCGCCGCCACAGUACGGAUACGGUUUUUUUUUGUCCACGCUCAUCGACAACGGGGGCCUGCAGCUUGCCUUUGCGAAUCUUUUCUACGAGUUCGAAAGCCAGCCAGCGCAGCCCGAAUUUAGCGGGCCCUUCACUUUCAUUAUGAACGCGGACGCGAAGCUCAGUAUGCUUCGGAGACCGGAGGCAUGCCAGCGACGAAACAAGCGGAUGUCACUUGUUACCAUUGCCGAAUGCGUCAUGACGCCGGCCUUCAGAACGCACGUGGCGAACUCGCUACGGCAAUUCACGGACUCCAUACGGCUUUUGCCCAAGUACAAAAACCAUUUUCUGACGGCAGACAACGCAGUAUUUUAUGUCGAUUUGGUCCGCCAUGGGCUCCGGAUUGAGGUGCCUUUGAAGAGAGGCAGCACUUUUAUCGCUCCAGAUUGGACAAUUGCAAACAAGGCUGGUCAGGUGCGGGCGAUUCCGAGCGGAACUUCAAUCGCCAACCCCAACUCCGACCAGACAUUGGAUGAACGCGUCAUGGCCAAGGAUCUGUUUCCAGAUGUCAAGGCGGGGAGGAUGAUGUACUACGUCGGGGGCGGAAAUGUGUUUGACCUGAUGGCCGAAGUCCGGGACGCACCCGAGUACUUCGCACGAAUUCUCACGCUCUGGCGGCAAAAUGCGCUCUUGCUUGCGGGGCAAUCAGCUGGCAGCAUGGUGCAAAACCAGGACAACUCUUUUCUGUUUUUCGGCCUCUCGGGCGAUCCGGCGCCGCAUCACAUCUUCGGCCCCACGUACGCCUUUUCGAAGGACGGAAAUUUCGCAGGGAACUGCCUUGUGAAGGGGAGGCUGCCGCGACAGCCCAGUGUGGAGUAUCCGCAACUGAUAACGAAAACCACGGGGGAACAUUGUGAGCCGUCGCACGAUCCGGACACCCACAAAGGGGAGUGGAUCAAGGAGCGCCCACUGGUUCCCGCACGCAGCCUGGGUCAACAGUACCAGGAGUGGUGGCUUCCCAGCCAGAACACGGGCAAGCACAUUACGAAAUUCACGGUGCCGGAUCUACAACUAGGUGGUUCGGCACCGCCAGAAGGCGACAUGGGAUCAGACAGAUGCGGCGCGGGCGGAUGGGGGCUGACAACUGGCGGGGAUGUGGAUUACGACAGGGAAACGGAAAUUGCCCUUGCAUGUGCGUCGUACUCGUAUUCCUGCGAAGACCUGCGAUUGCGCGGCGUUGGCGGCGUCAGUCACGGUUUUUUUCCCGCUUGCACCCUGGACAUCGGGCUCCUCGACCCGCGCGCCAAGGGAUACAUAGGGCAGCCCAAAACCGCCCCAUGGGUGUACGUUAUUCUUUCGCUGCCGCAGGGCUUGGAAGCCCAGGGGGAGCAGGCCGCGUAUGAAGUCAUCGGUAAUGCCAUCAGCGCCUCGAUGCACACCGACAGGGAAGUAACGGUGUACAGAGUUACAUCCGCACCGGCAGCGCCGGCCGCGGGCCUCCUGGGGGGAAUGGGGGAGGUCUGGGACCGCCUCGUGCAGGAGCAAUUUUCUGAGGGUCAGCAAUUACUGCAGCUCCAUCGAGUCUAUCCUGUGCAAGAGCAAGAGAAGGCUGCUGGUCCUAAGACGAUUUCUAGCGUCGCCGUGCCUGCAGAAGAAGCAAGGGGGAUUGGAUUUGAAGGCGGUCGCGCAGCAGCUGGAACGGUCGUCCUCGUCGCGUUUUUCUGUCCGCACCUUCGCACCAGCGAAAAGUUCGGCGAGUGCGAAGGGUCAGAACGGGCAGCGAACACAGCAGAGGACAAAACCAGGCAGCGGGGCUCGAAGCUGCUGCGGAAUCGGAAUUCAAAGGCUGAUGACACCGAGGACCAAGACAAGCGUCCGGAUUUGGUUGCGGUUUCGCGCCAGACGAUCCAGGAGGCGAAGCAGGUUGUCGUUAAAAAGUUCGGAAGAGCGGAGGCCAUGAAGAUCUACGGUAUAGCUUCACGUAUAUGAAUAGUGAACAGCUAAUAUACCAAUAUUGAGUCAGAGGCCUUGUAUCAGCAUCUUCUUUAUUAAUUUUCGCUUGGACUUGCUUCUCAGCCUGUAUUUUGAUAAGUAAACGAUACCGAUGCAUGCACCCUUCUAUCUCCAGUCAACAAUAGCGCGUCAGGCACUUCAUCUUCAUCAGACUAGAUUAGUGAAGAGUCUGAUUUUCUGCGAUUAGUUUAAAGUUCCCGCACUAGUAGACCACGUCCGGCUCGACCGGGUUCCGGUCGGUAGAGGUGAGCGGACGUCGCGCCCUAACUCCGCGUCGCCUUGCUGCUUGCACGUUGGCGAGCCAGCUUCUCUGCUUUUGUUUUUCGACUCCUUGGUCUCUCUUCGAUUGCGGGUGGGCAAAAAAACAUGGAAGAAACAAAAGAGACACUCCCCUCCGCGGCACCGCGCCCCGCUCGUUCCGGGAACGAAAGUAGACUGACGCGCAGCCGUCGCUGCGUAGAUCUCCGCGCUUCUUCCAAGGUUGCCUUUAAUGUUGUUGCGGACAAAUAGUAAAAAGUAAAAGACUAGCCAAGGGCAUCAUUUCUUUGCUGCCGCCGUGGAUGUGCUCGUCCUGCCUCGGUGAGCUAAUCGUAAUCGGUUUACUAUUCCAGUAUAGUGCUGGCAGAGUAGCAGCAGCUGUACGCUGAUUUUCUAGUUUUAGCUUUGGGAAUUCAGCGUACAACUUUUUUCUUUUAAAGUUAAAAGAAAAAAGUUGUACGCUGAAUUCCCGCCCCAGGAAAUCAGCUUAGCCGCGGCAAUCUUAAGUUAACUACUCUCACCAGGUGGUGUUACCGCGCCUCCGCCAACUGCAGCCAAUGCGAACCUGGAGAAGCUGGUGGAUACCAAGGAGAAAUUGGCCAGUCAGGGAACAUUGGUGGAGGCCGGGUUCGAAAAUGCCGACUCUGUGGCGGACCACCUGGGGAUAUACCAAGGCCUGAAGGGCGUCGCGCCGAUCAACAUCCGGCCCCACGCGUGUAGCGCCAGCGGCGUCAAGCCGAUCUUCCUGUCCGAAAUGUACGAGACUUUCGCUCUGUCCAACACGGAUCUGUCAAUGACGGUGAUCACCGACGGAAUGGCAAUUGUGACGCGCCCCCCUGAUGGGACAAUGAUCCAGUCCGCAGCAGACAAGAUGAACCCGGGGUACCGCCGGGUGGUGCUUGGCGAUGCCGAAUUUGCUUUGAUGCAGGCCACAAUCGGCCAGAGCCAGGCUGUACAACCAGCAGGGGCGGGCCAACCUCCUCUUGGUGCCGGCGCUGCUGGACUGGGGCAGCAACAGCAGCAGGCAGGACUGGGGCAGCAGCAGCAUCAUGCUGGAGGUGGCCUUCUGGUGGCGGUUGGACCCGGGGUCGCGGCACCAGUUGCGAACUCGCAUUUUGUGGCAGGUCAGCUUGCUCCUGCUGCAGCCACCCCCACGAACAAUAUGCAAACAGUUCCUGGCGCCAAGGCGGAUGCUGGCUCUAACUGUUGUUAAGUAGUUCACUUUAAGAAACGUAAGUUGCAUACAGCAGAUGCAGACUUUUGACAGCGACACUUUUGUUGGAGAUGUGCUUUAAGCUAAAUCAAAUAAGAAUAACAAGUAGCACUCUGCAGAGUACCUCGAAAUACGACCAUCCAAUCGAUCCGCUAAAUGUAAAUUGUUAUUGUUUUUUAGUUUUUGAGUUGACUACUUUUGAGACACAAUGAAUACCUUUGUUUUUGCACAGCUCUACGACAUUAUCAAAGUACUUUAUAUCCUCGAAGAGUAAGAAGUCGCUUUUUCAUCUUUAUCCAUUUCCUUGCUUCCUCCAGUAUUUCACACAUGCAUUCACCCAGUAGAGUUCGUUGAGUGGGCAAAUCUGUUUUGUUCAGUAUGUUUCGACAAAAUUCUAGAAAAAGAGAUCAUUAUUUGAGAAUUGCCGUGUCAUUUUUGUUUUGAAGAAGAUUAUUCAAAUUUGUUUUUCGCGCACUUCCAUUAUAGUAGCGAGAGUUCUUGUUCGUCGCAUUGACGUCCAAGAACGACAAAAAACGGAGUAAUUUUUGUACAGCAAGAAAGCAUUCAAAGUUGAACAGGUAGCACAGCAUUGCAUUCCACCACCAAUCACUAUGUGUAGUAUGAAAUAGCAACUAUUGUUUUGUUUGUGAGAAAGAACGAAGACGCACUGAGUGCUCGAAAUUAAUUCAGGUGCCCUAUAAAAAUCGGUAGCAACUGUCCGUGUGUUUGCUGCAAUAUUUUUGGCUGGCCAUUGUUUAAAUCGAAUCUCUCAAAAAGAAAUUGUGUAGUUUAUCUGAAUUGUUCUUGAUCACCUUCACACACCGUCCGCACUGAAAGAACAAAAAGGACAAUGAAUUCGCAAACGCAUCCACCUGAGAGGAAGUUGAGAUGGUGCAUUUGGGAAGGAAGAUCCCCGAUCUUGAGAAGCUCCUGCUUGCUUGGCUUAUUUGAGAGCCACAAACGAGACGCAAC